AUAUUUGCACCUGAAGCCUCCAUGAGAGGAAAAGCAACUCAGGAGAAUCUGGAACAAAAGAAGCUGGUGGCUACGGCAACAUGAGUACAUCGAGAAGCUAAACAUGCAGGCCAUAUUGAGUGCUUCUGCUGGGCAAGAGCAGCUCCUUAUUGACGUUCUGGUGAACAAUGCCAAGAUCCCAGUUCUCAUUGAAGAGUUAAUAACUGUGGAGAUCUGGAAGCAGAAGAUCUUCCCCAUAGUAUGCAGGCUGGAGGACUUCAAACCAAAAAGCACCUUUCCCAUAUACUUAGUUCUGCGUCAUGAAGCUUCAGUUAUUAACCUCCUGGAGACAGUAUUCUAUCACAAGGAAAUCUGUGAAUCAGCAGAGGAUACCAUUUUGGACCUGAUAGAUUACACGCACAGGAAGCUGACCCUAUUGGUAGCACAAACUGCCAGUGGGAAGAUACCAGUGGAACAGAAGCUGCAGCCUGAGGAUCUUGCAAAUCCGUCGUCAGUGAAGGAGUUAAAGAAGCAAGCUGCAGAGAUGGAGUUUGAAAUUGCACUGAAAGCUUUAUCUGUGUUCCGUUUCAUUACUGGUCUGAUAGAGAGUUUGCCAGUGAAUGCUGUGACAAGAAUGCUAAAUACCCACAACUUUCCAUGUCUUUUGGUACAGUUAGUGGAGCAUUGUCCAUGGAUCUAUCGUAAAGAAGGGAAGCUGAAAAAGUUUGAAGAUGGUGCCUGGUAUGAGGUACCCUAUGAAGACCAUGUGAAGAUUACUAAACUGGAUGGGCAAGUGUGGAUUGCUCUGUAUAACAUACUACUUAGUUCAGAAUGCCAGCGCAAGUACAACUUCAAUAACUUCAACAAAAGCCAGCUCCUGAAGCUCCGUGCUUUCCUGACAGAAGUUGUCAUUGAUCAAUUCCCCAAUCUUUUGGAGAUGCAGAGAUUCCUAAGCCACCUUGCUGUGACAGAUCCUGAACCACCCAAGAAAGACCUCAUACUAGAGCAGGUUCCUGUAAUCUGGGACCAAGUUGUCAGAGAGAACUCUGGAAAAUGGCAAGCAAUUGCCAAGCACCAGGUAAACAAUAUGUUUAGCCCUUCAGAGGAGGAACUGAAAAGCCAGGCUUGCAGAUGGGCCAAGACAUACAACCUGGAUGUAAUGGAAGCCCUGAUCCCAAACAAACCUAAGUGUGGAAUGUGUGGCUGUGAGGCAACAAAACGCUGCUCCCGUUGUCGGAAUGAAUGGUAUUGCAGACGGGAGUGUCAGGUAAAGCACUGGCAGAAACACAAGAAGGCUUGCAAUUUGAUGGCUGAUACCCUGAAGAAAAUACAGGAAGAUGUACAAAUGCAGGCAAAAUCCACCAACUAAUUCAUGUGGGUAAUAGAUUUUUCUUCUGUUUCUCCUUUGGCAAACAGACAAAAUUCAGAAUUUCACAUUGGAGAAGACCCUCCAGUAUAUUAUAUUAUACAAUAUACUAUCAGAUUUAACAGACUUUAGCCAAAUAGAUCCUAGAAAGAAGGAACAUGAUUCUCAAUACUAGGAGAGAUCAUAUUGAGCCACUUAGUACAGAAACACCCCUAAGGUUACAAGGCUUGACCUUUGAUGCCAAUUUGAAUCUCAAGACAUCACAGCUACUUGUGUCUCCUGGAUUAAAGAGAUUACCAAUUACUCAUGGACUUUUACACUGGUGAGGGCUGUAGAGAUUUGAUUAUUUCCUCAUAUUCCAGUCAGAAAUGGUGAUCAGUACUGAAUUUCCUAGGAAUCUGGAAGAGCUGAAUUUUAGUUGUGCUAAACUGGAGACUGUUUUUCACAUUACCAUCCAGAAUUCUUAAGUUUUGCAAGAUUUGAUGAAUUUAAGUGAAGUUUUGAACCUGUGUAUAUGCCUUGAAUAUUGUGACCUCAGUCUUGUUGAAACCACUUGGAUGUAAGAUUAUUUCAAACUAUGCAUUAUAUGUAAUAUUGAUAACCGUAGCCCAGUGGCCUUUUUUGAAGAAAAGCUCUUCGGGAAGGCAUGGUUGGAAGCAGAGAAGUCACACUAGGGGGGAGCAGUUAAUCUUCACCCUGCCUAAAAUCACCAUACAGCUAUGUAGCAUUUCCUCUAUAUGGCAUCAAGCAUAUGCUUAUAAGGAAUGCAGUUACAAUUGUAUGCAACAUGGUAGAUUGGCCUUAAUUUAAGCCAAAUGGAUAGAUACAACUUAAGCACAAUUAACUUUCUUCAGGACCUCAGUAUUUGCAAAUCCUUUGUAGUUUCAAACUAAGUUGCAUAUAUUUUGUAUCGAGGUAAGAGCGGAAAGUGCUAAUAUACAAUUUUAGAAACCAUUCCACUAGCUGCUGAACUGCACAGUUACUUCGGAAGCACUGAAUAUGCAUGGCUGAGUAAGCAGAAGGGAAAGGAUGUGGUUAACUAAUUUCGAUUUGAUGAGCUAUAUGGUUUCAACUGUUGAGAAUGUAACACAUAAAAUGUUCAUUGUUCCUGAGAAAACUGAUUAUCUAUUCCUUUUUCAUUGUUAAAAAAAUAAACAAUCUUCUAAUUGUAUA